CGUCAGUUCCCGACCUCGCUGUGGAUCACACCCGCCUACGACUGGAGCCCCGUAUCCCUUCGUUGCGACAGUGCUCGCCCCCGCAGGUGAUAACCUGAAUCCCCGAGCCCGGCACCGGAGGGCGAGAUGAACGCGCUGGCCUCCCGAGUCGUCCAGAUCUGCGAUCGCUGGUGGCAACACGAACCGGCCCUCCUGCCCCCAGGGUGAGGUGCAGCCCCGAGUCGCCCAGACAGAUGGCCCCAGGCCAAGUGCCCCAUCAUUGUGCCUCCUGGAGGGAAACCUACCCCUUUUUCCUCCUGUCCCCACUGAUGGGCCUUCUCAGCAGGGCCUGGAGCCACCUGAGGGGCCCAGGACCUCCAGAACCCUGGCUGUUGGAAGCAGUAACCGAAGCCGAUCAGGGAGAAACUGGCCUGGGGGGAGAAGCCAAGACAUUUCCGGCCACCUGCCAUUCCCUCUGGGUCAGACACUUUCAAGGGGAGACUGGAGACAGUGGAGCAGCUGAGGAGGAUGGAGAAGCAUUUUGGGAGGCCUGCCAUGAUUUAAAAGCCAACCGUCCUCCUCUUAAAGCCUGGGAACUUUCAGAAGAUGAUGACGAAGAGUGUGGUGGGGACCAAGCAGCCAGUGUCCCUAAAGAGCAAGGAGGUGAAUUUAGAAAUGGCCAGCCUGCUCCCCUGUUCCCCAGCCAUCUAAGAACCCUGCAAGAACCUCGUGGAGAGGAGCCAUCUGUGGAAGGAGGAGCUGCUGAAGAUGAAAUGGUCACGUUCUUCUCUUUUUCUCCAUCACUCUGGGAGUGUGGUCCAGGGGAGGAGGAGGAAGAAGAAGCUGUACACAAAGAAGCUGCCAGAACACCUACUGCCCCUUUAUCUCUGGGAUCCAAGCCCAAAGCUCAGGUGUACUGUGCUGGAGAGGAAGGGGUUCAAGACAAAGAGGAAGAAAGAACAGAGAACAGAGAAGUCAGAAAGAGCCGUGUUUCCCCCUCAUCUUCAGGCUUUCACCCCUGGGCCUGGGAGUGGUGUUCAGGAGAGGACACAGAGGAAGAAGAUGAGGACAGUGAUACAGGACCAGCUGAGGAGGAGGGAGAAGCUGAGGAUCCCUGUUCCAUCCCAUCCACAAGUGCCCUCGUGAAGGCCUGGGUGUAUCGACCAGGAGAGGACACAGAGGAGGAAGAUGAAGACAGUGAUAUGGGACCAGCUGAGGAGGAGGGAGAAGCUGAGGAUCCCUGUUCCAUCCCAUCCACAAGUGCCCUCGUGAGGGCCUGGGUGUAUCGACCAGGAGAGGACACAGAGGAGGAAGAUGAAGACAGUGAUACAGGACCAGCUGAGGAGGAGGGAGAAGCUGAGGGUCCCUGUUCCAUCCCAUCCACAAGUGCCCUCGUGAGGGCCUGGGUGUAUCGACCAGGAGAGGACACAGAGGAGGAAGAUGAAGACAGUGAUACAGGACCAGCUGAGGAGGAGGGAGAAGCUGAGGGUCCCUGUUCCAUCCCAUCCACAAGUGCCCUCGUGAGGGCCUGGGUGUAUCGACCAGGAGAGGACACAGAGGAGGAAGAUGAAGACAGUGAUACGGGACCAGCUGAGGAGGAGGGAGAAGCUGAGGCCACAGAUACGUUCUCAAGGGCCUGGGUAUAUAGACCAGAAGAGGACACAGAGCAGGAAGAGGAUUCAGAAGCAGCUCACUCUGAGCCAAGUCCCUCCCUUCAAGCUCAGAGCGCCCUCCACAGGGGCUGGAUAUACCGGCCUAGAGAGGAGGACACGGGGGCAGGGGCAGUUGCUGAGGAGCGGGGAGAAGCUGAGCCCUGCCCCUUCCGAGUGGCCAUCUAUUUACCUGGAGAGAAGCUGCCACCUCCGUGGGCUCGUCCUCAGCUGCCCCUCCGACUGCGGAGGCGACUCAAGCCCAUAGAAACCCCCACCCGGCAUCCAGACCCUGAGACGCCCCUACAGUCGCGAAAGGUUCGCUUCUCUGAGAAGGUCUCUGUCCAUCUCCUGGCUGUCUGGGCAGGACCGGCCCAGGCCGCCCGCCGGGGACCCUGGGAGCAGCUCGCCCGGGAUCGCAGUCGCUUCGCCCGGCGGAUUGCCCAGGCCCAGGAGCAGCUGGGCCCCUGUCUCACCCCUGCCGCCCGGGCCAGGGCCUGGGCCCGCUGUGGGAAUCCUACUUCCCUUCUGGCCGCCACACCUGCUGUCCCCCAGAUCUCACCACUGUCCUCCAUCCAGGCCACACCCUUGAGCCAAGUUGGGGCAUCUCCCCCCACUCCUGUGUCCCCAUCUCCUUGCCUGGACCUCAGUGGGAGGCGUGGCUAAGAUCACGGAGUUCUGUGUUUCUACUAGUUAUUUAUUUUUGUGUGUCGUUUUAUGAUAAGAAAUAAAACUUGCUGAUUUGUAACAA